CUUGUCCCCUCAUGCCCCACCUUUUUGCUUGGGGCUUGUAACACUUUUGUGGUUAUUUACGUACUGUGAAUGUCAAUUCAAAUGUGUUAAAAAUGAACAACUUGCAAAAUGAGCUGCUCCGAACGAACUGCACCAGAGCUUCACGCACUCAAAUGGAAAGCAGUAAUUAAGCUGUCAUCAAAUUCGUGCGCAUUUACGGAAACUUAACCUAACAUUUACAUGGGGUAACGUUAAAAUUUUGCAUUAAAUUUACUCUUAUUUUACACAUUGAACGUACAAGUAAUGUCUAUGUUGGCUGAGAAAAAACGCAAACAAAAAUGGUCAUUAAAUCCGCAGGGUAAACACUGGAUAUCAGAUUCCAACAAGUUUGGCUUAAAAAUAUUAGAAGGUUUGGGCUGGAAAGAGGGUAAAGGUCUGGGAAAGCAGCAGCACGGCAUCACGGAACCGAUUAAAAUUUCGUAUAAAAAUGACAACAAAGGUUUGGGCUUAAAAGAAACGCAAAGUUCGCUACAACAAGAGCAUUUCAAUAACUUAUUGGCAACCUUGAACGACACGACGCCGCCGAACAGUUCUCCAAUGCCGGUCGGCUCAUUGGAGGAGAAAUCGCAGAACUCUCGCGCGAGAGUUCACUACAAGAAAUUUACACGUGGUAAGGACAUUAGCCGGUACUCGCAGAAGGAUCUAGCUAGCAUUUUCGAAAAGAAAGGCGAAACUGCCGAAUCGAAAACAAUCAACGCCAUCUCGACGAGUGGCCAUUUUAAACAUCGGGUGCCUCAACCCGACAAAUCCGACGACGAGGGAGCUUCGCCCGGUUUCGGUUUUAAGAACCCCGCAUUCGAGCCGAUGGGCCAGAGUUUCACCAUGGUUAAACACACGCUUGAACCCAUCGUCGAGACGGAGAACGAAAGGGACACGUCUGCGGUUGUGGACGACGACAAAGGUUGCCCGAACGAAUUCGAGGUGAAACGUAAAAGCAAAAAGAGUAAGAGGGGCGAUUCGGAGAAGAAAAAGAAACCGAAGAAGACGAAGAAUGAGUGCGUCACAGAUGGAGGAAUUGAUAAUCCGGCCUUGCACGUCGAUGUCGUUGGUACGGAUAUCGCACACGUAAAGAAAAAGACGAAGAAGAAAAAAAAUGGAGUCCCGCAAGUAGGCGACGCUCCUUCGGUUGAAAUUGUGGACGGGGGCGGUGGCAAACGAAAGCAAAAUGAGGAUCAAGCACCGGUGGAUCUCAAUUGUAAAGUGAAGAAACGAAAGAAACAUGUUGCUCCGGAAAAUAAGGUAGCGGCUGAUGGCAUAGAUAAUCCAGCGUUCAAUCCCGUAAGCGUCCCGGAUAUACAGUGUGAUUUAAUCAUGAACGUCGUAGAGGAACCGGUUGCCGAAACCAAGCGCUCGAAGUCGAAUAAAAAAUCGAAAAGCGCAGGUCUGGACAAUUACGGUUUCGAUGCGAAAACGCAACGCAUCGACGAAAGCAUGGCGACCCUUUCGAAUACCAUCGAAACGUACCAGGCCGAAGUGGAGAAUGACAUGAACGAAUGUAAGGACGCGGGAAGUAUCGAGGAAUAUAAUAUGGUUGUGGGUGUGUCUAAUGAGAGAGACGGCGAGAAUGAGAGAGUAGAAGGUGGCGUCGUUUUGAGGUACAAAUACGCGGCGUUCGGCAAGGAUCCCCAUUGGGCGGCCAGAAAUAAUCAGUCGGUCAGUUUCGCGAGAAAGUCGUAUAAGCAUCUUAUACAAGGUGAUAUUGUGGUCGGAUUUAACGAAAGUAAUUUGCACGAAAUAAAAGGUUAUGGAAAUAGGAGAUGAAUUGUGAUACUUCUACACAGAAAUGUAUUGUACAUGAAUUAAAAUCCUUAUUUUCUU